ACAAUAAGAAUGAUGAAAGUACUGAUCGCCCUUAUUCCACUUCUGGCCGUUUGCACCGGACAGCUAAACAACUUGACCAACUCCCAGGAAUUAGACCCAGCAGGUAAUUUCCGCCUCAACUGGGAGGUCAUUUCCGGAACAGGAGACAUCGUCCUAGAGAUUCAAGCUAAAACCGCCGGAUGGGUAUCUUUGGAGAUUGUCACUGAUGACGGCAAAUACGCUGAUGUCAUCUUUGGAGGCUACAACGACGAAUUUAAUUUCGGCUAUGUUGAGGACUGGAGCCUUGAAUGGGCUGCACCUGCUCACUUGCUUCCUAUUCCUGAUGCCAGCAAAGAUAUCGUGUUGCAAAGCGCUUCUUACGUGGAUUCCACGACAACCCUCCGCGUGAAACGAUCACUUAACACCGGAGACUAUUAUGAUGUCCCCUUCCACAGUGGACAGAUGCCCAUGGGUUGGUCUUACAGCGCCACCGAUGAUUACAAUUCCGUUCACGCUGCGGCCGGCUUCGUCUACAUCACCUUUUAUUAAAAAUAGUAAAAAUGUUUAUGUUCCGCAUGAAAAAAAAAACACGCUGCUCUUAAA